GGGAAGUCCACUAGAGAAGUUCGAUGAGAAAGUGGAUCGUAGCCCUAUUGGACCAACGGCCGAACUAGAAAGCUCUGGCAACUUUAUCGUCGCUUGGAACAUCCCCUUCGGGCUAUUACCUUGUGAACAUGUCCCUUGGACUCGAGGUCAUAAAUACCUAUCACCCCCCGCGAGCAAUCGUAAGGUCUAUACUCUUCAAUGUCGAGGUUUCUGUAUCCAACGAUUCGCUCUCUUGCGCGUCCAGUUGCACUUAAACGAAGCCUAUUUACGCCCCCGCGAGCUUUCAUCGACGGCUAUACUACCCAUCCACACCAGCAAACCAAGCUAUCAAUUCCUCUUGCCCGAGGCAUCAACACUAAACAUCCGCGUCGCAUUUUCUCCAAGACUUCCCUCACCAUGCUCGCCACCAACAACUCCUGGCACGCCAACCAACGAGCCUCAACAACGGCAACCAUCCACACCGAAACAAAUCCAAACAAGAAAUACACCUACCUCGCCGAAACGACCCCUCACCUCGCCACGAUCCUUAGCUUCCCCUCACGCUGCUCUACCUUCCCAUCGCUCUACGACCGCACAUGUAGCGAAAUCGUCGAUCUAGCCGGUACAAUCGCCUCCUUCGAGCCAGUCCGUCUACACGUCCGACCAGAAGAUCAAUCACGGGCGCAGAAACUAGUCGAUGAGCGCAUGAAGACCGCGCCGGCCGAACAUCGCGCCCGAAUCAGACUCAUCGCCGCCCCGACAAAUCACGUCUGGGUGCGAGAUACGGGACCCGUGUACGUGCGCGGUGCGGACGACGGCAAGCGCUACGCGAUUGACUUCCGAUUCUGCGAGUGGGGCAAUAAACUCGGCGAGCGGAUUUACAAUAGUAGCUUGGAUAAAGCCGCCGCAUUGAAAGCCGAGGAAGAAGAAUCCGACUGGCCGAUUAUGGACGAGCAGGUGCGGAGUGAGAACACCGCGUUUGCGCAGCGAGUGCUGGAGCUGGAGAAUGAGCUUAAUCCGGAAUCGCCCGUUGCGCGGGUUGUGUCUGGGGUGAGGCUUGAAGGGGGUGGAAUCGAGAUGGACGGGGAAGGGACUUUUAUGGCGAUGGAGAGUAGUGUGACUGUGGCAUCGCGGAACGAGGGUUUAUCUCGCGAGGACAUUGAGAAGGAAUUAUCCCGCCUGCUGGGGAUUCGAAAGUUCAUUUGGAUUCCCGGUCGGGAGGGUCUGGAUAUUACCGACUACCACAUCGAUGCCGAAGCGCGGUUUAUCCGGCCCGGUGUCGUUGUCGUGGGGAGACCGCAUCCCAAGUGUGGACAGGUCUUUUGGGAUGUGUAUCAUGAGAUGCGUGCGAUCCUGGAUACCGCCACUGAUGCGCAGGGCCGCCAGUUGCAGGUCUAUGAUGUUGAGGAGCCAGAUCCGGAUUUGGUUAGGGGAGAUGUGCCUGGCGAGGAAGUUGAGCCGGCGGCCUCAUAUGUGAACUUUUAUUUCACGAAUGGCGGACUCGUGAUUCCGGCUUUUGGAGAUGCCGUGACCGAUGCGAAGGCGUUGGAGACUUUGAGCAAGUUGGUGCCUGAGCGACGGGUUUGCCAGGUCAAUGUUAAUGCUCUACCCCGGACUGGAGGUGUCUUGCAUUGUACGACGCAGCAGGUGCUGUGAGGGAUUCUAUAGACUGUCGCAUUUGGCAAGCAGAGCUCAUCGUUGGUCUUUCUUGUAAUUGGUUCUCUGCAUCUAUACAAGUGUUAUAGUACGACUGGCAGGAAGUGACAAUAAAAAGGCAUAUACCUUGAUCUAUCUGCGUCG